UGGCGGGGGGAUGCUUCGGUCUGCUGGGCCCCCAGAGCCUUUGAGGCCAGCAGAGUGUGGUGGGAAGGGAAGCCCUUCCUGCGGCAAGCUGGGCAACCUGCUGGCUCUGGCAGCUCUCCAAGUGUCUCCCACUCCCCUCCAGGUGCCAGCCAUUGUCAGAUCCAUCCACCAGUGGCUCACGUGCCGGGAGUCUGCAGAGGUCAGGCCGCCCAUUGCCAUCCGCAGGCUGGCCCACGCACACCCUGGGCACGUGGUGAUGACUCUCCUGCACUGUGCCCCAGCGUGUGACAGAGCUGCUGCAAUCCUGUGGAGGACCAUCGCCUCCUCGGCCACCACAGCGCACAAGGUGCUGCCAAAGCUGCUCGGGGUGAUGGAGGACUGGCCACUGCACAGCGUGUCCACCUCCAACGGGGACCACAUGGACGUCUUUGCCCUGGCUGCAACCCUGGCCCUGUGGCUGAUGGUCCAGGAGCCCCAGUGCCAAGAUGCACUGUUCGUUUAUGCCCCUCGUCUCCUCCUGGCUCUGCUCUGCCAAGUUUCUCUGAGCACUGAGCAGAUGCCACAGGAGGUCAGCACCUUCUGGAGGGGAUGCCAGGAGCAACAUGGCCUUCCCACUCACCCCAACAGCUUUGUGGUCCAGACCAUCCGGGCCCUGCUCUGCCGGCUGCAGUGGGACCAGGAGCUGGUGUCAGUGGAGCGCAAGCGUGGCUGGGACGCGCUCCUCUCUGCUGACACCCACCACUACGCGGUGGGGCUGCUGGCCAGGUGAG